UCCCGGACUUCCAACGUCGUUCGAUCCGCCGCGUCCUCCCCCUCCCCCCCGCCCCGUCUGCACAACCACUGCUUAAGCAAUGCGCCUCGCCCUACGAACCCUUCGUACUCUGACAUCCUCCAUCCUCAAACCUUCCGCGCACCGCCUCGUUCCCUUUCGCAAGAUGGCCACUUCGACCGCCGCCUCCCCGGUGCUCAAGAAGCCCGUCAAGCUGGCGUGUAUCCAGCUCGCCUCGGGCGCCGACAAGGCAGCCAACCUCGCCAACGCGCGCGCCAAAGUCCUCGAGGCCGCGCGGGGCGGCGCCAAGAUCGUCGUGCUCCCCGAGUGCUUCAACUCGCCGUACGGGUGCGACUACUUCCCCAAGUACGCCGAGACGCUGCUCCCCUCGCCGCCGACGCGCGAGCAGUCGCCCAGCUUUCACGCGCUGGCGGCCAUGGCCGCCGAGAGCGGCGCCUACCUCGUCGGCGGGUCCAUCCCCGAGCUGGACGGCGAGACGGGCAAGUUCUACAACACGAGCCUCGUCUUCUCGCCCGCCGGCGCGCUGCUGGCGACGCACCGCAAGGUGCACCUGUUCGACAUCGACAUCCCCGGAAAGAUCACCUUCCGCGAGUCCGAGGUGCUCAGCCCCGGCGACUCGGUCACCGUCGUCGACCUGCCCGAGUACGGCCGCAUCUCGGUCGCCAUCUGCUACGACAUACGCUUCCCCGAGCUCGCCGCCAUCGCCGCGCGCAGGGGCUGCUUCGCCCUCGUGUACCCGGGCGCCUUCAACCUGACGACGGGGCCGAUGCACUGGCGGCUGCUGGGCCAGGGCCGCGCCGUCGACAACCAGAUCUACGUCGCCAUGUGCAGCCCCGCGCGGGACGUGUCCGCGUCCUACCACGCCUGGGGCCACAGCCUGAUUGUCGACCCGAUGGCCGACGUGCUCGUGGAGGCCGAGGAGGGCGAGGCGACCGUGGCGUGGGAGCUGGACGGCGACAAGAUCGAGGAGGCGAGGAGGAACAUCCCCAUCAACACGCAGAGGCGCUUCGACGUGUAUCCGGACGUUAGCCAAGCCAAGGUCGACGCGUAAAGAAGGGCGAGGAGCCGGGAUGGUCUGUUUGAAGCCGAAGUACACCCCCCUUCCCCCCUCAAGGCACACAUAGAAGAAGAAGAAGAAGAAGAAGAAGAAAGGGGAAAGAAAAGGGGGGGGCGGUAUUGGUGUUGGUGUUCGGAAAACGUGCAUGUAUAUCACUGUGCUACCCAUAUAGAGCCAGCGUGGUAUCGUUCUCUUUUUUUUUAUGUAGUCGGGAAAGUCUAUUUCCCCGCGCAACGUCGUCGCACCAGUUUCUGCUUCCAAGAGCCUCCAUGUCCCUCAUCUCUCAGGCCUCACCCGAGACUCGCGCGCACAGCCCGUCGUUGCUGGCGUUGUUUCUCUGCAGCCUUGGCAGGAUUCAAUGGCCGAGACAAAAACAGCUCCCAGACGGGAAGGGGAGGGG